CCCCCCCGGGUGACCCCAGCCCGUCCAUCCCCGCAUGGUGUGGUUGCUUCUCCCCAGGCUCCGUACCCGGAGGGGGAGCACGGCCGCCUCCGGCAGGGCCCGGGGGACUCGGGGGGCCGCGGGCAGGGCAGGGUCCCCCCGCCGCCCUCCCGCCCGGCUCCCCGCAGCCUGGCCCGCCAGGACACCUUCGACACGGAGGCUCCGGCCAGCCGGGACUCGGAGCCCGGCGAUUCCUGCUGCAUGGACAUCGAGAUGGAUCCCGUCGAGGAGGAGCCGCCGGGCACCCCCGGGGCCGGACCGCAGCCCCCCCCCGGCUCCUGGGACGGGACCGAGCCGGGCCGGGGGCUGCGGGGGCGAGCCAAGGGCCAGGAGCCCCUGGGCCAGAGCGACGGGGAGGGCUGGGGCCGGGACGUUUACAUGCGUUAGGAUGAGGGGGUGCGGGCGGGGGGCUCCCCCCCCUCCCCAGCGCUGAUUUUGGGGUGCGGGACAGCCCCGCUGGUUGCCUUCGUGCCCCCCCGAGCCCGGCCAGCAGUGCCCCGGGGAGCCCCCGCUGUGCGCUGGGGGCUCCCCCUGCCCCGCUCGUUGCUGAGGGGGGGUCUCCCCCUGCCGCGGCCCCCCAGCAUCGCCGGCAGGGACAGCAAGUGACCAAAAGGGGACCCGACGUGUCCCCGUGCCCCAGGGGAGGGGUGGGGGCCGUGCCCCCCCUCCCCAGCCCUGCCUGCUGGGUGCCCCCUGCUUCUCCAUGGUGCUGUCGCCUGUGGGGGUCCCCAGAGCUGGCCGUGGCGGUGGGGGGGUCCCUGCCAGCUGCCCCCCAGCCCGGCAGUGCCUGGCACUGCCCCCACAGCCCCCGGCCCUGCCAGGGGGUGCAUGCGUGUGUGUGCAGGGCUCUGGGGGUCCCCGCUGCCCCCCAGGCUGUGCCCCCCGAGGUGCUGCCUGCCCGAGGGGGGGGGAGGGCGCGGUCUGCAUGUGUUUGCCUUGUGGGGAGGGGGGCUCUGCCUGAAUCGGGGGGUGGGGGGUGAUUCUGAGCCAGUUUUGGGGGUCUAACCUGUGCUAACAGCUGCCCAGCCCUGGCCUGCCGGGGGGGUCCCACUGUCCUGGCACUGCCAGGCCCCGGCCCCCCUUCCCCAGCCCCCCCUCCCUUCCCCUUCCAACCCCCCCGCCGUGCCUGUCCAGCCGUGUCCGUCUGUCCGUCUGUCCGUGAGCCUCUGUCCGUCCCCCCGCCGCGCCCCGGGGCACUGCCUUGUCCUGUGCCCGCCCCGGGGCGUCCCCUGUGCCCCCCAGCUCUGCGGUGUAACCACACCAGGGUGGCCUGGGGACACCCCACGUCCGGUCCUCACCGCGGGACGGGGCUUGUCCCCCUUCUGGUGCAGCCCCUUGCCCCCCACCCCCAUUCCUGGGGGUCCCCGGGGUCACUGCCUUACCCAGACCACCAGCCCGGGUCGGGGGGCUUGGGGGCACCCAGCUCUGCCGCUGCCAAGCCGCCACCCACGUGUGCCUCAGUUUCCCCCUUUUUAUUUCGGGGGGGGACUCGGUGUCACUGCCUGCCAAGUGCUUUGAGCCCCCCCUGCCCCAGCGCUCGCCCCCGUGGCGGCCAAAAUCCGGGCAGUGGGGCCCCCCCGGCCCCCCCCGCGGGGCAGAGGGACGUCCCGUAUUUAUGUCACCCCACAAACUUUUAAUUUAAAGACCCGACAGAAAUGUAUUUUAUUUAUUUAUUCUCGUUGACGUGUGUGUGUGUGUGUGUGUGUUGGGGAGGGGGGGGCACUCGCCCCGCUCGCUUGGUUCUUUGUAAUAAACAUUUCGGUGAGACCUGC